CAAAAAUCAAAACAUUUAUUAUUUUGAUUAACUACAUACCCAUUCAUCUAUCUGAAUGCCUUGGUUUUUUUGUUGGUUUGUUGGUUUGGGUUGGUUUUUGUUUGUUUGUGUGUUUUUGAUGUUUGUUUCACUGAGUUACAGAUACUAGUAUACUUCUCCCUAAAUACUUCACCAUGCCUGCCUUUAUCCAGAGUUCACAAGUGUAGAUCUUUCCAGUUUUUCAUUUUCUUCCUGAAGAUUCUGAGUAGUUAAUAGUCAAGGAAUUUGAGUGUUAAUUUUGGGAAAAUUGACUUUAUAAGAAAUUAGUUGCAACAGAAAGUUUUAGUGAACUUCUUUCAUUUUGUCAUUACUGUAUCUUCUAGAAAUCUGGCUUUUAGUUUAAAACUACUUUUGGGGGACAUUUCUAGUUCUGUUUUUUCCUUUUCUCCUAGCACUGCAGAUUUAACUCCCAGGGCCCUACACAUAUGAGGCACAUGCCUACUUCUGUGCUUCAGCCCCACCCCAAAGGUCAUAUUUUUUAAAGCUUCAUUUUACAUCUUCUCAUGUUGGUUUUGUGGUUUCUUCAUCUCUUCAUAAUCUGAACUUUUAUUAUACCAAAUAGUAGCUAUUUCUGGUACUAAUGUUUAAAUGGAUUCAUCAGUAUAGGAAUAAUAUUUGGAUGACAGAUUUCUAAAACAUUUAAAUAUUAAGAUAUUGUUUGCUUUGUUAUGCAUACAAAGUUUUAUAUUUUUAAUAUGGGUCACCUUAAAUAUGCUCUCAUUGGAGACAGGUUGUGAGUUUUGUGCUUCAUGAAAGAUAGCAUUGAUUUUCAGUAUUAUACUUCACGAUUAAAAAUGUUGCCCAUGAGAUAACUUUAAAGGAGUUGUUUUAAUGCAUACACAUAUAGAUAGACAUUGGUGAAAUCUGUAAAUUGGUGUGUGAUGCAUUGUUAUAGAGGAGUGAGGAAUCAUUAUGAUUUUUGCAUCUACAUUGAUAUAAAUCAUUUUAAUAGUAGAAAGAAAUGUGUUUGUGUGCAUUGAGCAUUUUUUCAAGUUUUUCCCCCUGAUGUGCUAUUUCACAUAUCACAGGACUUAUUUUUUGAACAUUUGAGCAAAAGAAACAGAUGAAACCUCAUACAAAUCCCUUCAAAAUAUGAAAAUGUGGGGUUUAUUUGUGCUAAUGCUCUUCUUUUGGAAGCAUGUAUUAAAGGAUCUUAUGGUUGGGGAUGAGGCAAGUGAAUUGCGCUCAAUGUUGGAAGUUAACUACCCCAUGGAGAACGGCAUAGUGCGAAAUUGGGAUGACAUGAAACACCUGUGGGACUACACAUUUGGACCAGAGAAACUCAAUAUAGACACCAGAAACUGCAAAAUUCUCCUCACAGAACCUCCCAUGAACCCAACCAAAAACAGAGAGAAGAUUGUAGAGGUAAUGUUUGAAACUUACCAAUUCUCUGGUGUGUAUGUAGCCAUCCAGGCAGUUCUGACUCUGUAUGCUCAAGGUUUGUUGACUGGUGUAGUCGUGGACUCUGGAGAUGGUGUAACUCAUAUUUGCCCAGUGUAUGAAGGCUUUUCUCUCCCUCACCUUACAAGAAGGCUGGAUAUUGCUGGGAGGGAUAUUACCAGGUAUCUUAUCAAGCUGCUGCUGUUGCGAGGAUAUGCCUUCAACCAUUCUGCUGAUUUUGAGACAGUUCGCAUGAUUAAAGAAAAACUUUGUUAUGUGGGUUACAAUAUUGAGCAAGAGCAGAAGCUGGCCUUAGAGACCACAGUGUUAGUUGAGUCAUAUACACUCCCAGAUGGACGCAUCAUCAAAGUUGGAGGAGAAAGAUUCGAAGCACCAGAAGCUUUAUUCCAGCCUCACUUGAUCAACGUGGAGGGGGUUGGUGUUGCUGAGUUACUGUUUAACACAAUCCAGGCAGCUGACAUCGACACCAGAUCUGAAUUUUAUAAGCACAUUGUGCUUUCCGGAGGCUCAACCAUGUAUCCUGGCCUGCCAUCGAGGUUGGAACGAGAGCUUAAACAGCUUUACUUAGAACGAGUUCUAAAAGGAGAUGUGGAAAAACUUUCUAAAUUUAAGAUCCGAAUUGAAGAUCCACCGCGCAGAAAGCACAUGGUGUUCUUGGGUGGCGCAGUCCUAGCAGACAUCAUGAAAGACAAAGACAACUUUUGGAUGACCCGACAAGAGUACCAAGAAAAGGGUGUGCGUGUGCUGGAGAAACUCGGUGUGACUGUUCGAUAAAAUGCCAGGCUUGUUCCCAGCAGCCUCUAAUGCAUUCUUCUUUUUCUCUUUUUAAAUUUUUUUCUUUAUUGCCAAUCUUUGAACUCAUUCGACUCCAGGACUGAAAGAGGCCUCUCUGUCCCGUUUGACUGGAAAGGUCAAGUUUUAUUCUCUGUCUUGGGGAAGCAUUGUUAAAUUCUUGUUAAUGUGGGUAAAUAUGGUUGUUUAAUGCAACCACUUCUCUGCAAACAUAAUUGGAGGGCAAAGGGUCUUUGCUGCUUUCUUUCUUCCUAAGUAGGCAUUUAGAUCAUUCCUGGAGGCUUUCUAUUUUUGCUUUAUUGCUCUAAUGCUGCUAGUUUUAGUUUUAGCACUGUAGGUGGUAUGUCUUUAUUAGCAUAAGAAAAAACUUUCACAUGAGCUCUUACAUAUUCUGGGUGGGGGUGGUAAGGGAUGGGGGCAGCCCCAGCCCUUUAGGGCAUUUCCUCUUAGUGUUCGCUUUUAGCAGUCAACUGCUCCACUCUUCUGUACCUGAAGCUUGUCCUGUUAACAUCCUUGGGAAAGACUAAGCUCAGAACUAAGGUGUUUGGGGGGUAGGUUUUGUGAGGUGAACAAAUGGGUGGUCUUUCUCUUGUGGAUUUUGAGGGUUUUCUGCUUCUGGAUAUGCGCAAUGAACCUCAGUUACAUACAGUACUCUGACUUGGUAGAUUUCUUCUGGUCUACCUGGAACUGUUUCCAUAUGAUAGAAAAAAAGCAAGCUGAAUAUUUUAUUACCAUGAGGCUUCAGAAUUAGUUACUUAUUCAACCUAUCACCUGGGAGUAUAUUUCCUAAACUAUCAGUGAGAAAGUGACAUUUUAAACAAAAUACUUUUAAGUCAAAUUACACAUAGAAAACUACUUAAGGGCUGGUGUUUUCUAAAUGCUGUUGUUGAUUCUGGAAGCAUUGAAGUAAUAAUGCUAAGUACCAUUCUUGAAAGUUGUACUUUUAUGUACCUGACCAGUGCUUCUUGACAGCUCGACACAGAAUUAAUUACUGGCAGUUGUAUUAACAGUAACAGUGGGACUGGUGCCAGUAGUUUCUGUUUGUUUUUUUUUUUUUGUUUUUUUGUUUUUUUGUUUUUUUUUUUUAAUGAGACCUGGAACUAAAAUGUUAGCAACAGCAGUAGACGGUUUACCAGGAGUCAACUCUCCUUGUACUGAAGACUGACUAUGACCGCCACUUCCCAGCCAUCUUUUGUUCUUGAAGAGUGGUUGGGAUUUUGGAUGUGUUCGCAGACCUGUAAAUAGAAAAUCCUGUUUACGAGGCCUGUUGGUAUUUUUGUUAUCUCAAGAAAUAACAGAUUGUACCUAGAUGUGAGGUCUUUGUAACAUUAAAGAAGGAAAUGGUGAGCUGUUGCUUUACAGCAAAUACAGACUGAUGGUUCUGGGAGAAACAUUUUCCUUCAUUUCAAAAUAUUCUUUACUAAUAAUGAUGGAUUUGAAAGAAUGGCCUUUUCCUUUUUCCUUUCUUUUUGGAUGCUUAAAAUCAGAAUUUUUAGUUGAUUUUUUGAGAUAACUUUACAAUUUAUAUAAAAUCAGCAGCAAAAGGAAGUUAGUCUUAAUGAUGCAGCUUCUGUGAUAUUAAGUAUUUUUGCCUGUUUUACCUCAAUUUGAACAAAUAGGAGAAGUCUGUGUGCAUGCUGGACAUGCUCUGUACACACAACAGCCCACCAGUGCCGGCUGGUCGGUGUUGGGUGCGUGACUCAGAGUCACUUUGGAAUUUCUAAGCGUUCCUAAAUCAUGUUGUCAACUACCCCAGUCUUGGGAGUCCUGGGCCCAUUGCAGGACACCUACUGUAUAUAGGACUGGUACCAAUGACUAUUGAGUGCAGAAAAGUGAUCGACUCUUGGCUUUGAGCAUGAUUUUAAAUGUAGGGGUAGAGAACAGGGAAGAACAGAGUGGAGUCCUAAAUAAAACAGUGAAAGAUUCAGCAGUAUCAUUUGUACCUUGAUGUAGAAUUUGUUUUCAUUUCAUAAUUCUGCUAGCAAACAUGACUGUUAAAAAUGAUGUAUUUAUAUAUGUAAUAAUUUAGAAAUUCCAUUUUAUAGUUUUCCUAUUCUAAGGUGAAAUAAUGAAUUUAAUAAUUUGGGAGCUGGGACAUACUGUAUUCUAUUGGGGGUGUCAGGUUUGCGUCCUUCAAAAAUUAAAAAAAAUCUGUUUUUUAAAAGAUCUGAUCUUUAGCUCUUGAAACCCAUUGUCACUUAGAUUUCCAAUGCUAAUUAAAAUUCUUUUUUAUUUUUAAAUUAAAAUCACCAAUGCCUUGAGAGAUUUCUUAGAAAAUGUGGUAUUGGAUGUUAGCUUUCACAGUUCUGAGCACUGUUAGUAUCUAUCUGGCAAGUAUUUGAGAGAUCAAUGGAAAAGUUAAGUAUUCUAAAUUUAACACAAAUAUACUUCUUUUUGAUUAAGAAAAUAAAAUCAGAUUUUUCAAAGUAA